AUGUCCUACAACAAUACUUCAAACACAAACACACCAAACAUCAAUAAUAAAAAGCAGAAUCAACUUCAAUCUCAAAAUCAAACUUUUGUUCCAGCUAAUAAUAAUGGUAAAAAUGGCCCUAAACAAAUCCAUGUGGCUCAUAGAAGAACUCAAAGUGAAUUGACUAAUUUGAUGAUUGAACAAUUCACUUUACAAAGACAGUUGGAAAUUGUUCAAGCUCAACAACAGCAAUUAUUGGCUCAACAACAACAUUUAGCUCAACAAACUAAUCAAUAUUUAAAUAUUAAUACAAAUUCUAAUAAUAAUAACACUAAUAAUAACACUUCAAUCAAUAAUAACACAAAUAAUAAUUCUAGAGCUCAUUCGAGAAACAAUUCAGGGUAUUAUGAUUCUCUCAAUAGCAAUAUCAAUACCCCAACUAAUAUGAAUUCUCAUAGAAAGACUGGGUCUCAAUCAAGCAUUUAUGGUCAUUCAAGAAGACAUUCGUUAGGUUUAAAUGAAGCCAAAAAAGCCGCUGCUGAAGAACAAGCUAAAAGAACUACAGGCUUACCAUCAUCAUCGUCACAACAACAAACAAACGAAAAUAUUAACCCAGAUGCAUUGGCUAAUAAAGUGGGUAAUGUUUCAUUAAAUGACUCCCACACAAGUCAACAACCAACUGCAUUUAGAUUCCCACCUGCACCAGUUAACACUAACGCUUCUUCAAGAUCACCCAUUCGUAAAUUGGAUACCACUAAUGUUCCAAUAUUUAAAUUUCCACCAACUCCAAAUGGUACUCCUUUAUCAGGACAAGAUUCAAAUGAUGAUGAUUUCUCAAGAGUAACAAACUCUCAUCGUCGUUCAAGAUCUACAAACCAAAAUAACAAUUCAAACUCUAACAAUUGGAGAUCUCGUCCUCAAUCUCCUUCUUAUAAUAAUAACAAUAACAAUUUGAACCAACAAAACUUAUCUCCUUUCCGUGGUCAUAAAAAUUCUAGUUCCAGAGAUUAUAAUUCCUUCAAUUUCUUGGAACAACCUCCUGUUUUCCAAAAGAGUCAUAAACCAAGAAAUUCAAAUUCCUCUGUGGGCAGUUUUUCAUUAUCUAAUAAUAAUAAUAAUAAUAAUAGUGGUAAUACCCCUCGUAAAUCCUUAUUUGCCCCCUAUUUGCCACAAGCUAAUAUUCCUGAGUUGAUUCAAGAAGGUAGAUUAGUUACUGGUAUUUUACGUGUUAAUAAAAAAAAUAGAUCCGAUGCUUGGGUUUCUACUGAUGGUGUUUUGGAUUCAGAUAUUUAUAUUUGUGGUUCCAAAGAUCGUAAUAGAGCUUUAGAAGGUGAUUUGGUCGCUGUGGAAUUAUUAGUCGUUGACGAUGUUUGGGGAUCUAAGAAGGAAAAAGAAGAAAAAAAGAGAAGAAAGGACGCAUCCACUCAACAUGAUUUAUUAUCUUUGAAUUCUCAUGAUGAUUAUCAUAAUGAUGCUUCAGCCUCGAUUAUUAAUAAUGCUAAUACGACAAAUUCUCCUCAUACCCCAUCUUCUAAUUCCCCAUUCAGUAGUAACAACCAAAAUAAUAACCAAUCAAAUUCCAACAAUUCAAAUACCACUACAACAACCUUAUCAACAAGAUCAAUUACUCCAUCAUCAGGUGGUGAUAAUGAUGAUUCAAAUUCUCCAGGCAUUAGAAGAAGAGGCUCAUUAAAGCAACGUCCAACUCAAAAGAAAAAUGAUGAUGUUGAAGUGGAAGGUCAAUCUUUAUUAUUAGUAGAAGAGGAAGAAAUUAGUGACGAAUUUAAACCUUUAUACGCUGGUCAUGUUGUUGCAGUUUUGGAUCGUAUCCCAGGCCAAUUAUUCAGUGGUACUUUGGGUCUAUUAAGACCUUCUCAACAACAACAAAAGAAUAAUGAUGAUAAUAACAAUAAUAAUAAUAACAAUAAUCAUCAUAAAAUGACGCAUACACCAAAAAUCGUUUGGUUUAAACCAACUGAUAAAAAAGUUCCAUUAAUUGCUAUCCCAACUGAAUUAGCACCGAAAGAUUUCGUGGAGAAUGCUGAAAAAUAUUCAGAUACAUUGUUUGUUGCAUCCAUUAAGCGCUGGCCAAUUACAUCCUUACAUCCAUUUGGUAUAUUAGUCUCUGAACUGGGCUUAAUCAAUGAUCCAAAUGUUGAAAUUGAUUCCAUUUUAAGAGAUAACAAUUUCCUAUCAAACGAAUACCAAGAUCCAAAUAAUCCUUCACAAGAACGCUCUACCUUAUAUGCAUUACCAUUAACUGAUGAACAAAUGGCAUCUCGUAGGGAUUUAACAAAUGAAUCAACAGUCGCUAUUUCUUCUAAUGGUAUAGUUUCUGAAUUUGCUGUUCAUAUUAAGGAAAUUGAUAACGAUAUAAUUGAAUUUGGUGCUCAUGUAAUUGAUGCCACUGCUCAUAUUGAAGAAAAUUCAUCGUUGGAUAGAAGGGCUAGAAAGAGAUCUUCUGCAGUCUUUAUGCCACAAAAAAUUGUUAAUUUGUUACCAAAGGUUUUAAAUGACUCCUUAACUUUGGCACCCGGUAAAAAAUCUGCUACUUUAUCUGUCAUUUGCUUAUUAAAUAAGGAAACUUAUGAAAUUAAAUCUACUUGGAUUGGAGAAACAGUAAUUAAUCCAACUGCAUCCUUAUCUAUAUCCCAAAUUGAUGAAGCUAUUACAAACUCAGAUCAACAAAAAACUUCUUUUAUUAAUGAUAUGCAUAAUGUUGCUCAACAUUUUUACUCACAAAGAUUAGAAAAUAAAGGUGCAAAGAUUUCAGAAUCUCUCUCUCUGUUAGAAUCAUUAGAUGAUGAAAAGGUUCGUGUUGAUUUGAAUAUAUUUGACAGAUAUGUAGGAACUGCCGUUGUUACUGAACUGGAGAGAAAGGCAAAUUGUAUUGUUGCUGAAAAGAUAUAUUCAAAAUUAGGUAAUUCUGCCUUCUUAAGAAGACAAGCACAACCAAUUCGUAGUAAAAUGAUCUCAUUACAGAGAAAGAUUCAAAAAUUCGGUUAUGAUUUAGAUAUUACAUCAGCUGAUUCUUUAAUAAGGUCUAUCUUAGGCAUUGAUGAUGAUGAUGUAAGGUGUGGAGCAGAAUUAUUAUUCUUUAAGACAAUGACAAGGGCAAGAUAUUUUAUUGCUGGUAAAGUGGAACCUGAUCAAUAUGGGGACUAUACUUUAAACUUACCUCUUUUCACUCAUUUCACCUCACCACUGAGAAGAUACGCAGAUCAUGUUGUUCAUCGUCAAUUGAAAUCUAUUUUGCAUGAUAACUCAUAUAAUGAAGAUUUAGACUCCCUAAAGAUUACAUCUGAAUAUUGUAAUUUCAAGAAAGAUUGUGCUCAUCAAGCCCAAGAGCAAGCUGUUCAUUUAUUAUUGUGUAAAACUAUUAAUGAUAUGGGUAAUAGAAUUGGUCAACUUUUAACUGUAGCAACUGUUUUGCAGGUAUACGAAUCAUCUUUUGAUGUUUUUAUUCCAGAAUUUGGAAUUGAAAAAAGAGUUCAUGGUGAUCAAUUGCCAUUGAUUAAAGCAGAAUUUGACAGCGCUAAUAGAGUGCUAGAAUUAUACUGGAAACCUGAAGUGGAUAGUGCUACAUUUGUUCCUGCAGAUGAAAAAAAUCCAAAAUCUUAUAGAAAUUCCAUUAAAAAUAAAUUCAGAUCAAGCACUCAAGAAAUUAUUAAUGAAGAAUAUUUGAAGAUUAAGAAUGAUGUACCAGGUAUCAGUGAUUCAUUAGCAAACGAAUUGAGGAACAUGGAUUUGAAGGUUCCCGAACUAAGAUUACCUCCUCAAGCUCCAGGCAAGAGUGGAUUUGCUACAUUAUGCUCAUUAACAGAAACCAGAGUUGAAAAUGACAAUCACAUCGAAGUUAUAAGAGAAAUGCAAAAAAUUCCAAUCUUACUAAGAGCCGAAAUUGGUAUGGCUUUACCUUGUUUGUCAGUUCGUACUAUUAAUCCAUUUAUGAAAGAGAAAUAA